AUGCAACUCUCUCCAUGUCAUAUCACUCUUCACUAAAAUAAUGAAGAACAAAGCCUCUAUUUUGUUGAAGAAAAUCACUUCCGUUUUGAGUGCCAUAGCAAAGGCCAAAUCCAUGGCCAUCAACACCAAAUUCAGCGCCACCAAAGCUCGUCUUCUCAUGCUAUCCAUGGUUAAAUCCAAAAAAAUCCUCCUUGAUUCUCUCUCUCACAAGAUCCACAACAUUCUCGGGCACGACAACAACCAUGACGAUGACGUCGACGACCAUAGCAAGGCCAUCAUUCUCUACGAUGCCACCAAUGCACAUGCUAGCCAGUAUCAGGCGAGUGGAAGCGUGGCGAUGGCAGCCGAGGUUGAGGAAGAGGAUGACAAGUACCCUGACCUAACACAUUCGAUGUUCAACGAAGAGGACGACUACGAUAUGGAUGAUGCAAAGCUGAAGGCUGCAGGUGGGUCGAUUAUCGACAUGAUGAGAAACUCCAAGGAAGAGGGAGAGGAGUUUAAGCUUGAGGAAGAGAUUGAUGAAGCGGCAGAUUUGUUUAUAAAGAGGUUCCGGAAGCAGAUACGUAUGCAAAAGCUUGAAUCUUUCAAAAGGCUUCAAGAGAUGCUGGCUAGAGGGACUUGAUUUAUCAUAUUUCAUUAUAUUAAUUCUUACUUAUAUAUUUUGACGUACGCUAUCUCAUAAUUAUUAAUUUUACCUA